UUAACAACAAGAGAGAGGCAUGGAGAAGUUAAAGUUGACGUUAAAUAUACGGGGUUUGUCGGGAGAGUUUAAAUUAUUCGUGUUCGGUCUCUCUCCCGUGUGUAGUCCUGUUCACCGUUGUUAUUUACCUACUUUUUUGGUCUCGUGCCUUGUUUUAGCUUUGUUCUUUUAUGUAGUUCGCUCAGUUAGCCAUCAUGCUAAUCAGACAAGUUUCGCCCACAUUUCUAAAGCAGACAUGUUCUGCGAAAAUGAUAUUUAUUGCCCAUAAUAUAGGCGUUUUACAUCUGUGUAAAUGUGCCAGUACUUUAUCGGAGUGAGCAGUAAAGCGUAAAAGGCUGCGCGGUUUCUUUACGCCGCUCGGUGUGAACAGAAAAAAAAAAAGCUGUUUAACGAGUUAGCCAACUCUUAGCUCGCUAGCUGUAGCAAGACUUUUACUUUAAUAACGGGUUUCUUCAAGUAUUAUGACACAUCAUUGCUUUCACGCAAUGCUAUUUGUCCUCGAAUAAGAGUUACGUAUGAACACUUAACGCUUGUUCACUUUUUAUUUUUGUGUUUAUUCGCCUUCCAAACUGUCAACCAACUGUACAGAAACUGCGCAUGCGCAGAUCUCUUUGCUAAGCCUUAUACAUAUGUAUUUCAGUAAUUCUGACCUUCUUUUGCUUUGUUUAUGCAGGAAAUUUGGUGAGCUUCCUCAGCCAAAGCGCCUUACCAGAGAGGCGAUGCGUAAUUACUUGAAGGAGAGAGGAGAUCAGACUGUGCUGAUACUACAUGCAAAAGUUGCACAGAAAUCUUACGGCAACGAAAAGAGGUUCUUCUGCCCGCCGCCGUGUGUGUACCUGAUGGGCUGUGGUUGGAAGAAGAAGAAGGAGCAGAUGGAGAGAGAGGGCUGCUCUGAGCAGGAAGCACAACCCUGCGCCUUUAUCGGCAUCGGAAACAGCGAGCAAGAAAUGCAGCAUCUCAACCUGGAGGGCAAGAACUUCUGCACAGCCAAAACGUUGUACAUAUCCGACUCAGACAAGAGGAAGCACUUCAUGCUGUCAGUGAAGAUGUUCUACGGGAACAGCGCAGAAAUUGGUGUCUUCCUCAGCAAACGCAUCAAAGUCAUCUCCAAACCUUCCAAGAAGAAACAGUCUCUGAAGAACGCAGACCUGUGUAUAGCAUCGGGCACUAAAGUGGCUCUGUUUAAUCGGUUACGCUCUCAGACAGUCAGCACUCGAUACCUUCAUGUUGAGGGAGGAAACUUCCACGCUAGCUCUCAGCAGUGGGGGGCCUUUUACAUCCACCUGUUGGAUGACGAGGAGUCAGAGGGUGAGGAGUUCACAGUGAGAGACGGAUACAUCCACUACGGUCAGACCGUUAAACUGGUGUGUUCCGUCACAGGCAUGGCUUUACCACGUCUGGUCAUCCGUAAGGUGGAUAAGCAGACUGCACUUAUGGAUGCAGAUGAUCCUGUAUCUCAGCUUCACAAGUGUGCAUUUUACCUGAAGGACACGGAGCGGAUGUACCUGUGUCUCUCUCAGGAACGCAUCAUCCAGUUCCAGGCAACACCGUGCCCCAAAGAAAUGAACAAAGAGAUGAUUAACGAUGGCGCAUCGUGGACGAUCAUCAGCACGGAUAAAGCCGAGUACACAUUCUACGAGGGCAUGGGCCCUGUCACACACCCUGUCACACCUGUACCUGUGGUUGAGAGUUUACAGCUAAACGGAGGGGGUGAUGUGGCCAUGCUGGAGCUGACUGGACAAAAUUUUACUCCAAAUCUCCGAGUGUGGUUUGGUGAUGUGGAGGCGGACACCAUGUACAGGUGCGGCGAGAGCGUUCUCUGCGUGGUUCCUGAUAUCUCAGCGUUCCGUGAGGGAUGGCGCUGGGUCCGGCAGCCCGUCCAGGUUCCUGUAACUCUGGUGCGCAACGAUGGCAUCAUCUACUCCACGGCACUGACAUUCACCUACACGCCUGAGCCAGGGCCACGGCCACACUGCAGUGCCGCAGGGGCCAUUCUGCGCUCAGCCUCCGUCUCUUCACCCUCCUCCUCCUCCUCUUUGUCGUCUUCAUCAUCAUCUUCAUCGAGCCUUAUGCUGCAGUGAAGGAUCGACAGUCAGGUUGGAUUCCCAACAUCCAGCGCGGUUUCUUCAUCGUCCUCUUUCUCCUCGGCCAUGUCCGUGUCCUAACGUGUGCGCGCGCGUGCUUGCUCACGCGCGUGUGUGUGGUGCUGAAGGGCAAAAUAAAACGCCACCUUUCAGAUUCUCCACUAAAGGACACCGAUGUUGGAGAAUGGAUGAGACUCUGAGAGAGGAAUUGAACUCAAGACCAGCUCUUUUCUCCUUGUUCUUUUCCUUUUUUUUUUUUCUUUCAUGGAAAUAAAAUGAAACUAAUCAUAGUUUUGCCAAACCGUAAAAACAGAGGUGAAGAAAACUCUUCGUGUCCUCUGUCAGAAGGGCUCAACAUGGAAGAAGAAAAAGUUAUCGUGUAGUAAUAUAGUUUUCAAGGACCAAGUAUUAAUUAUUAUUAUUAUUAUUAUUAUUAUUGUUAUUAUUGUUUUUUUUAAUGAUGUAUAAUUUUAUAAGCUUUAGCGAAGGUACAUUUUUCACCUUUUUUUUCCUCAGUUUUGUAACAUUUAGUAACCUUUUGUUACCAAAUAGUUUUUGUAUAUUUCUCAUGAGCAUUUGUGCUCAGAAGUUUAAAAAAGGAAGAGAAAAAAAAAAGAGAGGUUCACACGGUUUUAAUCACCUGAGCUCUUUGUCAUAGCUGCCUUUUAAUCCUCUUUGGCAACUGCCUUAACUUUUCUGGACUUGUACCAGCAUUUUUACAUUUUUUUUUCCCUUUUUGUAAUACCGUUUUUACAUCGUGUAUAUUUGUCCGGUUUUUUGUUUCCUAAACUGAAGAGUGUGUGUGUGUGUGUGUGUGUGUGUGUGAGACAGAGAGUGUGUGUCAUUUGGGAGAAGGUGGCUUUACUCAUGUUUGUUUUGUUUUACUCAGAAGCUUUAACUGACUCCUCCUCCUAUUUAAUGAUCGUCUGAGCUAUUACAAAGUGUCCCGGUCGUUACUGGUGUGUGUGUGGGGGGGGGGAAAUCACCUUUCCACACAUUACAGCUUGAGUAAUGCACUUAGACCUCUUGAUCUCGAGCACAACGUCACAGAGAUCAUUGCUUCAGUGGCUUUCACUAGCAGUCCAGGUCAUCACCACGAUGCUUUUAGUAAACCUGAAUCUGAUUCAGUUUUCAAAAGAAGUUAACGAUUUGAUUAAAACUGCCAUGAUGCAGUCUGGGGGAUUUUGCUCUCAUAGGUUGAACAACACGGUGGGAUGGAAGCUUAGAACUCAUUAACGCAAAGCAAGUCGAGUCCAGGCUGUGGGAACCGCAAAAUAGGUUUGUUCCAUAACGCACGAGGUCCAGUACAGGUUUUGGAUUUAUCAAAGAGUUUAGUUUCAAAACUCAAAGGUGAAACAGUCACAGUUCAGAUUGUUCUAUAAAACAGAUUUGAUUCAGAACUCAGUAACGUAAAAUCCGAUAAAAAGGAAAACCUGCUGGAGUCCAGUCUCAAAACUCGUAAAACGUAUCGAGUCCGGAAGCUGGAACGUGAAACAGAUCGAACCAGGUCCAAAAUUCAGACUGGGAAAUGUUUUGAGUUUAAAACUCAGGACUUGGUCCAAACGCGAAACAGUUUUGAGCUCAGAACUUGGGAAAUGGCAAACAGGCUGAGUUCAGAACUCAGGAAAAUGUAUGUUUGGGCCAGAGCUAGGAAUGAGGGUGAAAAACAGCUUGCAAAAUCUGAAACAACACAAAGUCCAUGUGCCACAUUUCCAGUUCAUAACUCCUAGAAUCCAGCGUUUUAAUCUUUAAAGCAGUCGUUUUUAGCAUAACCGGAGCAAAACGAAUCAAAACCGCAUGUUUCUGAAUGAAGCAUGAAAUAUUUUAGAGCUUUGAAAUUUGAGAGGAAAAAAGACGAGAAUUUCCAAUGAGGGCAUCGUGUCAUCUUUCAUUUUGUACACAGCUGCAGAAUUUAUCCAGCCUUGAAGUCGAGUCGAGUCGAAUCUCUGCCUUUAUGAACAGGUUCAUGUUGAACACGGCGGCAAACCGAGGUGUACAGACUCGCUUCAAAUGGAGUGUUAAUGUGCCUUCUGCUCUGCUUUUCUCCUUGUUUGUUUGUACUUCUUUUUGUUUGUCUGUGUUCACUUCAGAUACCUGCAUUGCUUUUUGUAAGGAAGGGCGUGUUCUUGGUUUUUGUUUUCAGGCCCAUUAGAUUUGGUGUGUUUGGUCAUGUGUAGGAACGUAGCACCCUGUUACUGAGGGAUCUUCAUCACCUAUAAGCUGAAAAAAUUGCAUCCGGAAUCUCUGCACUUUGACUUUUUUUUUUUUGGUGCUCAUCCUGUUUAUUUUUUUCCCCUCCGUCAUGAAAGAUAAUUUUUGUGGCAGCUGAACUGAACCCUUUGUGCCUAUGAGAAAUCUCCCCCAUCUCAUCACCACUCUCAAACUCGUGUCAAACCCAGAGGUCAACGUUUUUGAAGGUCACAAACUUUUAAGUGUUGUUUUCUCCAGUUGCUUUAUUCAGCUGUGCUCCAGUCGUGUUCUUGACACACCCUUGUCCCCUGGGCCCUUCUCUAGAUGGGCUCCUGGGGAAUUAGUCACAAGGAUGGUGACAUGGUUCUGGAUUUUUUUUUUUCUCCAUUUAACUUUUUCUUUGAGCAGCUGGCUAUGAUGGAUAGAUUUAUAGAUGACGCUAGAUGAAAUUUAUAGAUAUAAAGUGUAAACAGGCAGCAAAACUUUUCAAAACUAACUUUUUUUUUUUUUAACCUCCAACUCCUACCACUAUCGGUUUGGCUCAUUCGUUUAACAAGGGUGUGUUUUAAACCGAAACUGGAACGCAGUGAUAGUCUUCCAAAGUUAUUCCCUUACAGCCUGUUUAUAAAGGGAAUAACAUGGCAAUCGUCAUCGUUUAGCAACAAGUGUAGAUUUUAGUUUUGCUAAGAAGUAAAGCGAAGUCUUUCCAUCCACAAACAGCUCUUCCGGCAGUCGUUUCAAACGUCGUCAUAAAGCUUCAUUUAAAAAUAAAUAAAUUUCUGACUAUCAGCAACCUUUUCUCCACCUCUAAGCUCAAAUCAUCUCCAGUUACUUAAUCAAAUUUUUAGUAGGCGGAGCCUAAGAGGCAAUUCAAAAUGCAUUCAGGAUGUUAGCCUCUGUAACGAUGCAGCUUCCUGUGAAGUUCCGCUCAUGUUUCUCGAUGCCAGGAAGUUCCACAGCGUCCUAAACCAUAUCAGCACACCAGGCUAAAGAACUGGGUGUGGUCAGAGGCCAGAGCUAGCUAGCUAGUUUUAGCCAUGAACAUGUCUCAUCUGCUCAACUAUGUUUAGAUUAAAGGAGACUGAUGAACUUUUUCAAAGUCAUGCUGAUUUUAUAUUUUUUGUUUUUUUUAUUUCAUGAGAAUUAUUUGUCACUUGUGCCACUGCACUUGCCUUAAUGAUCAAAAAUAAGUGAACCAGUUCUCUGAUGAAACGCCUGUUAACAUCCUUUGCUGAAACCUUUUCACUCAGAUCAGAGCUCACACAUGUCAGACAUCUCGGAUUAGUCUUGAAUGUUGUGUUUGUGUGUGUGCGUGCGCACGUGUGCUGUAUGGCAGGAUUCCAGAUCGUUUGUGUUCUUUGCACUCGGGACAUUUUGAGUGCUAAUGCUCUAAAGGGCCACUGCAGCUGUAGCCUCAUUGAAAUACUGUAAUGGAUGCAAUGCACAUUAUUAUCAGUGUAAAAUCCAGGCUGUGUUCCAUUUCUCAAGCCCAUGCUGCCAUUUGAGGGGAAGCUCUCUUGCUUUAUCUGCUUGAGUGAAGUUCACUAGAUGGCCAUUAGAAGAGGGAUCAGUGGAGUCGAUGUCAGAAGAGCAAUAAAAUACUUUAACAGAU